GGCGGCGGACUGACAUGCCCCGGACGCGGCUGCGGCCGGCGGGCAGCCCGCGGGGGCGAUGAGCCGCUGCGGCCGCUGAGAGCCCGGCGGCGGGGGCACCGCGCACCUUCCUCACCCGCCUCACUUGCCCACUCCGCUCGGGAGGCGGAGAGGAAACGGUCUCUGGCCUGUCAGGAGGACCCUUGGUGCUGCGGUGGAAGCCAGCGGCUAAGUCUCGUGUAUGGCGUGGUUAAGGUUGCAGCCUCUCACCUCUGCCUUCCUCCAUUUUGGGCUGGUUACUUUUGUGCUCUUCCUGAACAGUCUUCGGGCAGAGGCUGGUGGCUCAGGGGAUGUGCCCAGCACAGGGCAGAACAAUGAGUCCUGUUCGGGGUCAUCAGACUGCAAAGAGGGCGUCAUCCUACCCAUCUGGUAUCCGGAGAACCCUUCCCUUGGGGACAAGAUUGCCAGGGUCAUUGUCUAUUUCGUAGCCCUGAUAUACAUGUUUCUAGGGGUGUCCAUCAUUGCUGACCGUUUCAUGGCAUCUAUUGAGGUCAUCACCUCUCAGGAGAGAGAGGUGACUAUCAGAAAGCCCAAUGGAGAGACCAGCACAACCACGAUUCGGGUCUGGAAUGAAACUGUCUCCAACCUGACUCUUAUGGCUCUGGGUUCCUCCGCUCCCGAAAUACUCCUCUCUUUAAUUGAGGUGUGUGGUCACGGGUUCAUUGCUGGUGAUCUGGGACCUUCCACCAUUGUAGGCAGCGCAGCCUUCAACAUGUUCAUUAUCAUUGGCAUCUGUGUCUACGUGAUCCCCGAUGGAGAGACACGCAAGAUCAAGCACUUACGAGUCUUCUUUGUCACCGCUGCUUGGAGUAUCUUUGCCUACAUCUGGCUCUAUAUGAUCCUGGCAGUCUUCUCCCCUGGUGUGGUUCAGGUUUGGGAAGGCCUCCUCACUCUCUUCUUCUUCCCGGUGUGUGUCCUUCUGGCCUGGGUGGCAGAUAAACGACUGCUGUUCUACAAAUACAUGCACAAAAAGUACCGCACAGAUAAACACCGGGGAAUUAUCAUAGAGACUGAGGGUGAGCACCCCAAGGGCAUUGAGAUGGAUGGGAAAAUGAUGAAUUCCCACUUCCUGGAUGGGAACCUGGUGCCCCUGGAAGGGAAGGAAGUGGAUGAGUCCCGCAGGGAGAUGAUCCGGAUUCUCAAGGAUCUGAAGCAGAAGCAUCCAGAGAAGGACUUGGAUCAGUUGGUGGAGAUGGCCAAUUACUAUGCCCUUUCCCACCAGCAGAAGAGCCGCGCCUUCUACCGGAUCCAGGCCACCCGCAUGAUGACGGGCGCAGGCAACAUCCUGAAGAAGCACGCGGCAGAACAAGCCAAGAAGGCGUCCAGCAUGAGUGAGGUGCACACCGACGAGCCGGAGGACUUUGUCUCCAAGAUCUUCUUUGACCCAUGUUCUUACCAGUGUCUGGAGAACUGUGGGGCCGUGCUCCUGACAGUGGUGAGGAAAGGGGGAGACAUGUCCAAGACCAUGUAUGUGGACUACAAAACAGAGGAUGGUUCUGCCAAUGCCGGGGCUGACUAUGAGUUCACUGAGGGCACCGUGGUGCUGAAGCCAGGAGAGACGCAGAAGGAGUUCUCCGUGGGCAUCAUUGAUGACGACAUUUUCGAGGAAGACGAGCACUUCUUUGUGAGGCUGAGCAACGUCCGCGUAGAGGAGGAGCAGCUGGAGGAGGGGAUGCCUCCAACCAUGCUCAACAGUCUUCCCUUGCCUCAAGCUGUCCUAGCGUCCCCUUGUGUGGCCACAGUGACUAUCUUGGAUGAUGACCAUGCAGGCAUCUUCACUUUUGAGUGUGACACUGUUCACGUCAGUGAGAGUAUUGGUGUUAUGGAGGUCAAGGUUCUGCGGACCUCAGGUGCCCGGGGCACAGUCAUCGUCCCCUUUAGGACAGUGGAAGGGACAGCCAAGGGUGGUGGUGAGGACUUUGAAGACACAUACGGGGAGCUGGAAUUCCAGAAUGACGAGACUGUGAAAACCAUAAGGGUUAAAAUAGUAGAUGAGGAGGAAUACGAAAGGCAAGAGAAUUUCUUCAUUGCCCUUGGUGAACCGAAAUGGAUGGAACGUGGAAUAUCAGGAGAAAGGACUUUAAAUGGUGUAGUUGGUGCUGACACCCGAGAGACAGGUGCUGGACGGUUCAUGGACUCCUGCCUUUGCGUGACGUCUACAACGCUCCUGUUAUCUCCAGAGGUGACUGACAGAAAGUUGACUGUGGAAGAAGAGGAGGCCAAGAGGAUAGCAGAGAUGGGAAAGCCAGUAUUGGGUGAACACCCUAAACUAGAGGUCAUCAUUGAAGAAUCCUAUGAGUUCAAGACUACAGUGGACAAACUGAUAAGGAAGACAAAUUUGGCCUUGGUUGUGGGGACCCAUUCCUGGCGGGACCAGUUCAUGGAGGCUAUCACUGUCAGUGCAGCAGGGGAUGAGGAUGAAGAUGAGUCCGGGGAGGAGCGGCUGCCGUCCUGCUUUGACUACGUCAUGCACUUCCUCACGGUCUUCUGGAAGGUGCUGUUUGCCUGCGUGCCCCCCACAGAGUACUGCCACGGAUGGGCCUGCUUCGUCGUCUCCAUCCUCAUCAUCGGCAUGCUCACCGCCAUCAUCGGGGACCUGGCCUCCCACUUCGGCUGCACCAUUGGUCUCAAGGACGCAGUCACGGCUGUGGUUUUUGUGGCGUUUGGCACCUCCGUGCCAGACACCUUUGCCAGCAAAGCUGCCGCCCUGCAGGACGUGUACGCCGACGCCUCCAUUGGCAACGUCACGGGCAGCAACGCCGUCAACGUCUUCCUGGGUAUUGGCCUGGCCUGGUCCGUGGCCGCCAUCUACUGGGCCGUACAGGGACAGGAGUUCCACGUGUCGGCCGGCACGCUGGCCUUCUCAGUCACCCUCUUCACCAUCUUCGCGUUCGUCUGCAUCAGCGUGCUCCUGUACCGGCGGCGGCCGCACCUGGGCGGGGAGCUCGGGGGUCCCCGCAGCUGCAAGCUGGCCACGACGUGGCUCUUCGUGAGCCUGUGGCUCCUCUACAUACUCUUCGCCACGCUGGAGGCCUAUUGCUACAUCAAGGGGUUCUGAGCCACAAAACAAGGCCUGCUGGCAGGGCAGGCCUAGAACUUCUCCAAAGAGAAAGGCACCUCCCCACCAGGGACCUCUCCGGGAUGAGCAGCCCUAGAGAGGCAGCAUCAGGGCCCAAGCCCCAGAAACUUCACCCGACCUAAGCGCUGGCAGUGCACUGAGCGGGCAAAGUCUUCUUCCAUCCAUGAAGGAAUCACCCACUCCCCAGGCAGUUAAUUAAAUACCAACCAACAGCAGCGACAGAUCCACCUGCAACUCACCUUCCCACCCAGGUCCCUGGCCCACAGUGGAGGUGCCUUUGCCUCCUCCUCUUCCACCUUCUGCUUGUUCCUAGGCCUCUCAUUUCUUUGAGGGCACAGCUCCUCCCGCCCAUCUCGUUCGACUCGUCGUGACUGUGCCACUCAGCUGGCCACGCGUGGACACGAGGCCUGGCCACGUGGCUGGUUUGCGGCUCCCUCUUCAUUGCACUCACUCUUGUGGUUGCUUUUGUUCUUCCAUCCCGUGUUGCUUGUCAUUUUGUUUCGUCUUGUCUCUCGAGUUAGCAACACAGGUGCGGCAGAGCGACUCCUGGUCUGAGCUGGCCCACAGAGGCAUGGGGUUUGCAGACACAACGCCUUCCCAACAAUCACAAGCUAUCCCUGGGUCCAGCCAGGUCCUGCCCCCAGCUCGUCUUUUUCUCUCGGAGCUCCUUGAGAACUCUGGCGUUCGGCUGGGAGUCAGCUCCCACACCCACGUGGGGAGUGGCAGGGGCCCUACGUGCUGGCGUGGAAAUGAAGCGAAGCUCUAACCGCCAUGCCCUCUUCCCUGCCCAGCCGUUCCCAGUUCUGGAUGUCCUGUUGGGUCAGUGUCUGUAUGUGUAUUCUGCAGGAAGACCCGCCUGGUGGGAGAGAUGGGACAGAAAUGAGAAAAACAUGUGAUGACAGAGGGCAGCUGAGGCCACAGAGGGGACACGGGCCUUCUCACGUGGCUUUGUGUCUGAGGUAGGAGAGAAGACGUGUCCAGCCAGGGAGGGCUUCCAAGGGGGAGAAAUCAUAUCUGACACAUCUGUGUUUCUGAGAAUGUUGGCGUCACCACCCCCUCACUCCCUAAUGGGCCAUUCGGAGCAAGCCGACUGUAUUUCUCCAAGUGACAGAGACACAAGGAGCUCCUUUCACGUCUCCUGGCCCAGCGGUCGCGUUUGAAAACAUCUUCCCUAGAUAGGAACCAGAAUUCCUCAUUCCCCCCUGUUCCUGCUUGUUUUUAAACGUCGUGAAACUCGUUCCAGCCUAUGGGGCUAUUUCUUGUCCCCAGACGAGGAAUCCUAGUUGCCAUAAUCCCAGGGAGCCUGGGUUCACAGAAAAAGAGAUUGCCAUGCCCUACUGAGCUUUUCCCAACAGAUUUUGAAAGGACUUGGCUUUAGAAGUCACACACAUACAUACACACAGGCACACACAAAGAAACACACAUACGACGUCACCACGAAACUGCCCACAGGUCUUUAGCUUUUCUGCAUUGACAUAAAUACAUUUUCUAAGGGGGGGAAAGAAAUUAAGAAAACAUCUGUUUAAUUUUCAACACAUUUUUUAGAAAAAAAAUAAUUAAAAAAGAAACAGUGUUUGUGCUAUAAGCUAUGUUGACAGUUGCCAGUGGAAACGUUGGGUUGGUUUAAAAAAAAAAAAUAAAAGCUCUACUUAUAUCUCUCUA